GUCGAUGUGGGCAUGCAAUCCUGGUCGGAAAUGCAAAAGAGAAGACUCGCCAAGGUGGAACAUUUUUUCUUUGUGCGCGUCUUGUUGUUUUCGUUAAUUUUAGUCACUUAACUAAAUCGAAGCCUCGACGACGUGUCUGGCAUUAGCCGCAUUACGGACUCAAACAUCAGUCUUCAAGUCUCAGCACUCGUUGAAAGUUUGCGACCUACUUUAGCCUAGCCUAGCUGGCCAACCGCUAACAAAGCUACAAGGCACGUCGUCAAGCGUUCAGAAAAUGUCCGGCAGAACGACGCCGGCUGCAGUAAAGUUCGAGGAGGUAAAAGAGGAGCCCCAACGUCACAAAGACUCGACUAUGUGCAAAAUAAUGCACGCAAAGGUCCUUCACAGAUUAGAAGGAGUCUGAGGAUGAGGAAGAGUCACUAUACAUCAAGAACGUAGAGAAAGAAUUUGUUCACAUUAAAGAGGAACAGGAGGAGUAUUUCAUUGAAAUGGAGAACACUCAAAUUGAGAAGCAGCAGCAACCUCAUCCCCUCAAAAAGGGGGAAGAGCACCCUCCAUAUGUUAAAGUGGAGGUGAUGGACAUCCCCAUGUGGACUGGUGAGCCCUUGAAGGGUGAAGAUGGAGGUCCGAGUGAGGCCAGCACAGGGGCAGAGCCUCCGUCUGGCAGCAGGAGCAGUUCAAAAGAAGGAUUCCAAGCUGACAACCUCUUCGUUCGACCAUCAGAGAGUGACGACUUCACAUCACACUCGCUGUUCUGUUUCAGCAAAUAUCUUGGUCCUGACGCUCAACAGCUUAAGAGAGAAGUACAACUUCCAAUCAAAAAGGAGGAGGUAGAGCUGCCAUACGUUAAAGAGGAGGACAAUAUCACCAUGUCGAGUGGAUUCAGCAAAUAUCUUGGUCCUGAGUGGCAGGAGUCUGAGUCUCCUGCCGUUAAAGAGGAAUUGGAGCACCUGCAAAUGAAACGGGAAGAGCCAGAGCACCCUCAACAGCAAAAGAGAGCAGAACAACUUCCAAUCAAAAAGGAGGAGGUAGAGCUGCCAUACAUUAAAGAGGAGGACAAUAUCACCAUGUUGACUGGUGAGCCCUUGAAUAGCGAGGAUGGUCCAAGUGAGGCCAGCAGAGGGACGGAGCCUCCAAGCAGCAGCUCAACGGAAGGACGGCAAGCACACAUUUUCAUUGCGCCAUCAGAUAGAAAUGGCGCCAUUUCACACUCACCUUACAAAGAUGAUGGUCAGAAGACAUCUCACUGUGGGAAAACCUUUGCUAAUAACUAUACUUGUCGUAUGCAUAUGAGCAGCCACACUGGUGAAAAACCCUUUUCCUGCUCAGAUUGUGGUAAAAAAUUCACUCAGAAGAGAAACUUAAAAGUACACACAAGAACCCACACUGGUGAAAAACCCUUUUCCUGCUCAGAUUGUGGUAAAAAAUUCUCUGAAAAAGGCGCCUUGAAAAAACACACAAGAACCCACACUGGUGAAAAACCCUUUUCCUGCUCAGAUUGUGGUAAAAAGUUCUCUGAAAAAGGCACCUUGAAACAACACGCAAGAACCCAUACUGGUGAAAAACCUUUUGUCUGCUCAGUUUGUGGUCAAGGGUUCAGUAGCAAGAGCGACUUAAAGAAACACACAAGAACCCACACUGGUGAAAAACCUUUUUCCUGCUCAGAUUGUGGUAAAAAAUUCUCUGUAAAAGGCGCCCUAAAAGUACACACAAGAACCCACACUGGUGAAAAACCUUAUACUUGCUCAGUUUGUGGUCAAAAAUUCAGUCAGAAGAGAAACUUAAAAGUACACACAAGAACCCACACUGGUGAAAAACCUUUUUCCUGCUCAGAUUGUGGUAAAGAUUUCUCUGUAAAAGGCGCCUUGAAAAAACACACAAGAACCCACACUGGUGAAAAACCCUUUUCCUGCUCAGAUUGUGGUAAAAAAUUCUCUGAAAAAGACACCUUGAAAAAACACACAAGAACCCACACUGGUGAAAAACCUUUUUCCUGCUCAGUUUGUGGUCAAGGAUUCGUUCAUAAACAACAAUUGCAAAGACACACAAGAACCCACACUUGUGAAAAACCUUUUUCUUGCUCAGAUUGUGGUAAAAAAUUCUCUGAAAAAGCCACCUUGAAAAAUCACACAAGAACCCACACUGGUGAAAAACCUUUUUCCUGCUCAGUUUGUGGUCAAGGAUUCACUCGAAGUGACCACUUAACCGUACACACAAGAACCCACACUGGUAAAAAACCCUUUUCCUGCUCAGAUUGUGGUAAAAAAUUCUCUGUAAAAGGCGCCUUGAAAAACCACACAAGAACCCACACUGGUGAAAAACCCUUUUCCUGCUCAGAUUGUGGUAAAAAAUUCUCUUUAAAAGGCGCCUUGAAAAACCACACAAGUACCCACACUGGUGAAAAACCUUUUUCCUGCUCAGUUUGUGGUCAAGGAUUCACUCGAAGUCACCACUUAACCGUACACACAAGAACCCACACUGGUGAAAAACCGUUUUCCUGCUCAGAUUGUGGAAAAAGAUUCACUGAGAAGAGCACCUUAGACACACACAAAAGAACUCACACUGGUGAAAAACCCUUUGUCUGCUCAGUUUGUGGUAAAGGAUUCGCUCAUUUAGACACCUUAAAAAACCACACAAGAACCCACACUGGUGAAAAACCUUUUUCCUGCUCAGAUUGUGGUCAAGGAUUCGCUCAUUUAGACACCUUAAAAAACCACACAAGAACCCACACUGGUGAAAAAUCUUUUUCCUGCUCAGUUUGUGUUCAAGGAUUCACUCGAAGUCACCACUUAACCGUACACACAAGAACCCACACUGGUGAAAAAACAUUUUCAUGCUCAGAUUGUGGAAAAAGAUUCACUGAGAAGAGGGCCUUAAACACACACACAAGAACGCACACUCGUGAAAAACCGUUUUCCUGCUCAGAUUGUGGUCAAGAAUUCAGUUAUCAGAGUGCCUUAAAAGUACACACAAGAACCCACACUGGUGAAAAACCUUUUUCCUGCUCAGUUUGUGGUCAAGGAUUCGCUCAAAGUCACCACUUAACCGUACACACAAGAACCCACACUGGUGAAAAACCUUUUUCCUGCUCAGUUUGUGGUCAAGGAUUCGCUCAAAGUCACCACUUAACCGUACACACAAGAACCCACACUGGUGAAAAACCGUUUUCCUGCUCAGAUUGUGGUCACGUGUGUAUUGGUGUGAGAGGCAGUGGCCAAUGACUGUUUUGCCUGUCAUCCAUGCUGCCUUUAUCAGAUUGUGCACUGCCAGUGGAAGUUCCUCUCUGGCUGGAGACACAGGCCCACAUAUUUUGUCUCACACAUCCAGGCAGUGCUUCUCUGCAGAGUUGGCGCCCCAUGCCGGCUCUGUGAUUUCGGUCUAUGACCACACUGGAAUCUCCACAGUCCUCUCCAGGACAUAGGUCAGGUAGAAGACGAGUACUUAUUUCACUGUCAUUUCAUAACACAUACACAGUAAAUGUGUUCCUCAUCACAACACAAACUGCAGCAAAGUUGUACCAGGGAUAAAAGUGGCUAGAAGUGUCUU